AUGAACGCCCUCGUACAGACCUCUCUCUCCGACGUCGAAUCCAAGCUCAAUGUGCUCCUUACCACACUUACCACCUCCCCGGCUGCCGCAGGCGCACCAGCCGCAGCGGUCGCCCUGCUCGAGGCCGACGGCACACUAACGUCAUCCAUCGACACACUUAGACGGCACCAAGAGAAUUAUGCAAGAAUUCUGCGCCUCCGAGCGGAGGCGGAUCAACUGGAGGACCGCGUGAAAGGCAUCGUCCGAGACAUUGAGGAAUUUGAUAGAGAGAUCCGGACGGCCUGCGGCGACGACGACGAUGAGGAGGAGAGCGAAAGUGAUCAGGACUCCGAGGGAGAGGAUGAGAUCCGAGCGAAGAAGCUGGCUUCUCGCAAGGAGAUUGAUUACCGACUUCUCUUGGAUUUUGCGCGUCGCAUCAGCAAAUACAACAACGAGGCCGCCGCCGAUGCAGCCAAUGGGGCCGCAGACAAAGGCCAGGGAUCGCGACCACGGAUUACAAACAAGGACAUCACAAUGGCGGGUACCAAUGGAGAGCCGACGGCGGAGGAAGGUGCCGAGCCGGUAUCGUCGGUGACGAAGAGUGCGACACAGUGGCUGGAUGACUCGGCGAAUGUCACUCGCGAGGUAUACAUGUUGCCGUACCCGAUGGAAGAGCGGAUCCGCAUGGGGCUUAUGGGCCAAGUUCAACUCGCAGCUGGGAACGACCCUGACAAGGAAGUUGAGCGACUGAUACGGGAAGCGGAGGGUCUCGGAGCAGCCGAAGCACCCGCUCCGGCGCCAGUGGUGGACACAAGGCAGGACGAAGCUGCGAAGGCUGCGGCUCAGGCUGGAUCCUCAGCCGGUGCAACACUGCCUCGGCCUUCUGGACAUGCCCCAGCCCCGGCAUCAAAACCAAAGCCGAAGGCCACUUUGGAUCUUGAUCUUUACGAUCCCGACGACGACGACAUCUGA